GGGAAGAAUGUGCAGACGCCAUACACGUGAACACGUUGAAUUGAGUGAUCGAACGGAAUUUUGACAGUGUGAACUGUGAUCAAUCGGAAAUUGUGGGAUUUGUUUUAAUUGCAAUAAUGGUUGAGGCCAAUUUAUUAAAUCAAGGAUGGCAUCUGUCCAAAGAAGGUCUGGAGCGAUGCAAGAAUGACGUGUCAGACUCCAGGGUGGAGGCAGUUGUACGCAAGGCUAUGGACAUUGACCUGCGACACAUUGCAGUUGCUGCCAUUCCAACAGACAUCACUAAGGGAAAGAUGGACAAGAUGCAAGGUCCGAUGGUGUUACAAGUGCAGAAGAUCAGGAACAUCUCCGCCCCCAAGGCCAAUGAGGAUUCUGGUGCAGCCCCGCCUCUCUUACGCAUACAACUGACGGACGGUCACACCAUGGUCAUGGCUCUGGUUCUUAAUAGCAUCACAAAGAUAGAUUUGUCCACACCGCCAGGGAGCAAGUUGAAGCUGAUGGGCUCUGUGGCCUGUAAUCAUGGUUUCCUACUCCUCGCAGCCAACAACUGCACCUUCCUGGGGGGUCACGUGGAAGAACUGGUGCAGAGAUGGGAACUGGCUAAAAGUUUAUACCAUCACACAAGAGCAGCAGUCAGUGGUUCUGGCGGACCACCCCCGUGGGUUCCGUUUGGACAAAGAAAUAGACACGGAGAGGCCAGCGAAAAACCAACAAAAAUCACAUUGAAGAAAUCUCUGGAGGAUCCAAAACCCAAGGAGCAAACGGAACAGGACAAGGAGUUUGCCGAGCAGCGCAAGGCGGCCAUCCAGGAGGUCAACAAGAGCAAGCAGGGCCAGGGCAAGACCUUCGGGGGUACCAAGGCCACCCCGGCCCUGCAUGCCAGGGACUCGAGGGAGCCCGCGAGGAAGGGGUAUGAGAACAAUCGGAGGGACAGCGGGAGGAAUGCGAGGAGAGAUGAGCAGGGGCCACCUGAAGGGAAGACCAGGGCUGAAGGCAUCUACAGGGAUCUGGAUUAUGGAGGUUACCAGCCCAGUGACAGGGACAUUCAGCAGCUUGUCAACAUGGGUUUCAAGCGUGAUGCUGCCUCCAACGCUCUCAGGAAAAACACUGGCAAUGCAGAUGCGGCAGUGGAGAUGCUGCUGAAGGAGUCUGACUCCUCGCAACCACAAGCACAGAACUUUGGAAGACAAAGACCGGAUACCAGACCAGAGCGUAACCGUGGCAAUGAGAGGCGAGGCAGACGUGGUGGUGAUGAUGAGGAGGAGGCAAGUGCUCCUCCUGCAGGACCUGCAACUCUCUUCGACUUCCUGCAGCCUAAACUAGGCAAAGAUUCAGAGAAAGGUUCCCAAUCCACAGCAGAGGUCACAACUAGGAAGGAUAUGGGGAGGUCAAGAGAUUUUUCCAAGGAGCAACCCAGCUCAGUCAGGGAAGCUGGGAUAAGUUUUGUGCACGAUGGGCAAACUUCAAACUACAAGCAGCGGGAACAGCAGCAAGGUCGCCAACAAAGAGACAAUAACAUGGAUAGGGGUAGAAGGAACUACGAAGAGAAGUCUGGCCCCAGAAGAGCUGAAAGUAACUCAGCACGGAACUAUGCUGGAAAUGAAGGUAGAGGCAGGAAUCAGGACCGUGGCUAUGGAAACAAGGAAAAUAGCAAUUUUAGGGACAGAAACUCUGGUCAGGACAGGCGUCAUGAUAACACACAGGGUAAUAGCUACCCACAGAGAAGGGACGACACACGGGGUGAGGAUCACCGGUACAGUGAGAGUAGGGCAAAUAACAAAAGCCAAGGAUUUCAGCGCGAGUCAAACUUUAAACCCAGAGAUUUGCAGGACAACCGACCGCCAAGAUUUCAGAAACAGAAUAACUCGCAGCUCACGCAGAAGGACAAAGUGCCCUAUGACAGACCCAAGAGCAAUACAGACAGAGAGGGGAACCAGCGAGGUGGGAAUCAGUUUCAGCCUGCCCAAUCAGUUGACAGCAGUGCCGGGUUUAAAGGGCCGGGGCCAUCAGCGCAGCAGAGACAAUUUCAGAAACAGAAUAACUCGCAGAUCCCGCAGAAGGACAAAGUGCCUUAUGACAGACCCAAGAGCAAUACAGACAGCCAGGGAAACCAGCGUGAUGGGAACCAGUUUCAGCCUGCCCAAUCAUUUGACAGCAGUGCCGGGUUUAAAGGGCCGGGGCCAUCGGCGCAGCAGAGACCCAUCCUGAAUCCUGGAGAUCAGUGUCAGGCUAAAUAUUGGGAAGACAACCAGUUUUACAAUGCAGUACUGACUGCCAUCCACCCCAGUGGGAAGACCUGCGUGGUGCUGUUUCCUGAGUAUGGCAAUCAUGAAGAGGUCAAAAUGACCGACAUCAGACCUUUAGCUUCACAAGCCUUGGCAAACCCCUCCAGUUUUGCCCCUGGCCCGUCAGCCCCUUCCCUAAUGAUGUCUGGCAAGGGCGGAAUGUUUGAAGGCUCCACAGCCACACAUCUAGAGUUCCGUCAAGGCGGGGAGGGAACUGCCUACAACCGGCCCAGACAACAGCGAGAGCCGCGCAAGAACGUCCGACCUGCACAAAACUUCUACCAGCCUCCAAGCUCAAGAAAAUGAAGGGAAAAGCUGAGGUUAUGAUGCAAAUUUCUUUAUUAAGGCAAUAAAUGGAUCUAUUUAAGCCCCAUUCCUUGUUUUGGUCAAUCACAGCAAUAAUUAAUAAGGAAAUAAAUGUGCUUGCCCAGUUUUAAACAAGUUUAAAACUGGCUAGGAGCCGAAGGCCAUUAGCCAGUUUUAAACAUACUUGUUUAGUCCUGGCCAAGCACAUUAUUUUAGUCCCAUUCAUAAAUGCCUUUUGGUCAAAAAGUCUAAACAAGUCAAUAUUCACAAUUUUCCAAUGUUUUCAUUCAACAAUUUUACCUAUUUUGUGACACACCCCUCUGGCCGUGUAUGGCAUGUGCCUCGAGUGUGCAGUGCUAGAAAUAUCCUUUUAUGGAGAUUGUCGCAGAACGCAGCGGUGUAGUAGUAAAGUGUUUAAAACCAGCAAGUCUUAUAUCAGCGGUUUAAAGCCAACCACGUGAUGAGCUCUCGACCAACAGGAAUGGGUGAACUCUCUUAGGUAUUUAUGAAUGUUUGUUAAAAGUCUGGCAUGUGUGCACUUGUGUGGCAUUGAGGAGGCAUAGUUAGCUGCUGGUAAUAAUACAUUAAUAUUGUAGACGACAGCGAAUGGUAUACCGAAUAUCAAUAUGUAAUGCAUGAAUGAAAGUGGGCUGUGAAUUGAAGUGACAUUAUUGUAAUGAAAAGUAUGAUUAUAAUUAUAUCUUAGUACAACCUCUGUGCUGUUUCACUUGUUCGUGAAUGAAAUAUCGAGAUUCAAAAUGCAUGUGUUGUUACGCAAGUGCCUUUAGUUUCUACUUUCCUUGUGAUGGUUAAUAAUACUUAAAUUUGGUAAUUUCUUGAAAAAUAUGAAUUGUAGUCUUGGUGCCUCUUUUGUGAACUGUACACAUUCAGACAACUCUGUGCCCAACAUCUAUAGAUUGAUUGCAUUCAGAAGCCAUCUUGGAGGGGUGUUUUGCUAUGUUGAUUCAUUAACAAUGAAUGCACAAGGGCUCUACUCGUGCGUAUCCCUGUUAAACAAAAGCGCAGGCCUUCAAGAUGGCUGCAGUGCAAACAGUCUAUACAGAAAAAUUGUAGAGGUUCAGUGAAAAAGUGAGAAUCAAACAAAGGAAAAUAAGGAUACAUAUACAACUUACCCGUUGUUUGAUUUAUGACAAUUUUAAUUUUGUUUCUGACAUGGUAAAGCGUCUUUUACAUACAAAUUGAUCCACCACUAAUUGAAUAAUACACAAACUAAAGUUAUAUCUACCAUUAAAAAAGGCAUCAAAAUCUGAAAUACA